GUUUAUAAAAAGAGUUGCUUUUCAACUAUAUAAUUUUAAUAAUAAUAAUAAUAAUAAUAAUAUAUGUUCAAUAAAUAAUAUUCUCUUUUGCUUUAUUUUUAUUUCAUUUAUAUAAUAUUGAAAAUAAAAAUAUAUAAUAAUGAUAGAAAAAUGUGAUGAUGUUAAUAAUAGAAAGAAAAAAAUUCAAGAUUUUGACGAUGUACUACCAUUUAUUGGAGAUUUUGGCAAAUAUCAAUGGAUUUUAAUGAUAUCAUUAGUACCAUUUGGAAUUUCAUUUGCAUAUUUAUAUUAUUCACAAAUUUUCAUUAUGAUUGUGCCACAAAAUCAUUGGUGUAAAAUUGAUGAAUUAAUAAAUCUUAAUUUAACACAAGAGCAGAGAAUUAAUUUAGCUAUUCCAAAAUCUAAAAAUUAUCCCUAUUAUGACAGAUGUCAUUAUAAAAAUUUAGAUUUUCAAAACAUUAACAUAACAAAUAUAAAUUUUAAUUCCACAAAAUGGAAUACAGAUGAAAUAGAACAAUGCAAAAUGUGGGAGUACGAUUUUAAUGAAAUUCCAUAUGCUACCAUAAGCUCAGAGCUAAAUUGGGUUUGUGAAAAGGAAUAUAUAAUAGCAACAGUGCAAGCAAUUUUUUAUGUUGGUUCUGUUUUUGGAAAUUUUAUAUUUGGCUGGAUUUCCGAUCGUUAUGGACGAAUUAAAGGUUUAUUGUGCUGUACAGCAACUUCAUUUAUUGCAACAAUUGGAAUACCGAGUACUCAUAGUUUUUGGUCAUUUGCAAUUUGUCGAUUUUUUGCUGGUUUUGCAUACGAUAAUUUUUUAAUGAUUCCAUUAAUUAUUGCUUUGGAAUAUUUGGGUGUUCAAAGAAGGCCAAAUGUUGGUUGUAUUUUAAUAGGAAUAUUAUAUUUUAUUUCUGUAUUAACAAUUUCUGGUAGUGCAUAUUUUAUAAGAAAUUGGCGAUAUUUCACCUAUAUUUGUUCAGCGUCGUUUUUAUUUUGUUUUUUUCUCACAUUUUUAAUGCCCGAAAGUACACGUUGGUAUAUGUCUAAAGGGAAUAAUGAAAAAAUUUUAAUAAAACUUAGAAGAAUAUCAAAAAUAAAUAAUAAAAAUCCCAAAGCAUGGGUGUACGAUGAAUUUUUACAAAGUAUAUCUAACGAUAAGAAAAAUGUCGAAAAUGCUAGUUUAUUGGAUUUAAGAAGAACACCUCAUUUAGCCAGAAAUACAAUACUUCUUGCAAUAAUUUACGGAUUUUCAUCCUUAAUUAUGGAUACGUAUAUAUAUUUUUCAAAUCGAUAUAAUAUCUCUGUAUUCAUGUCAUUUGUAUGGUUUUCUGUAGAGAUAGUUAUAGCCACAACAUUGGUGAAAAUUUUUGGCAAUCAAUGGGGUCGAAGAUUUAGUGUAUCAAUCGCUUUAUUACUUAGUGGAGUGUUUAGUAUUAUAUUCACUUUUAAUGAAACAGAAACGAUAAAAAUUAUUGCCGGAUGCUUAGGAAGAAUGUGCAUGAGUUUUGUACAAAUAAUAUACGUUCAAUAUGUACCAGAAUUUUUUCCAACAAGUUUAAGAACACAGGGUACGGCAUUGGUUCAUUUUUUGAGUAUUAUUAUGCAUUUCACAGCACCCUAUGUUACAGUUUUGGCAAGCACUUGGAGGGAAUUACCAAUUAUAAUAAUUGCAAUUUUAUCAUUAUUAAAUUCAAUAUUGAUACUUUUUUUACCGGAAACAGUGGGACAGCAUUUACCCCAAACACUUGAGGAUGGUGAAAAUUUUUGCAAGAACAAGAAAUUUUGGCCAAUUUUCAUUUCUCGAAAAAAUAUUCAGCGAAUCAAUAGUAAGUACGCGAAUGAUUCUACUUUAUUAUCUUCUAGAAUGGAAAACGAUAUUUCAAAUUGAGCAUUAUCGAGACAUCAAAAUAUAUUAUUAUAAUGAUGAUUAAAUAAUGAAAAUGAUCAUUUUUUUUUCUUUUUGAAAAAAAAGUAACAGAAAAAUUUUCUUUUAACAAAAUACAGUUAAUUAAAUAAAUUUAUUAGUUUUUAAUAUAUUAAAUGGGAAUAAAAUUUUUUUUUCAAUAAGGCACAUAUAAUUUUCAUUAUCAUUGAGCAAAAAUUGUUUCAUUUAAAAAAUUUUCUAUAUAUUAAUAAAAUUCGAUUAUGACACUUAAAAUAUUAAACCCAAGGCACUUAUAUAAGUAGUAAAAUUAUAAUUUAAUUUUCUAUAUACGUUUUUCUUUUUAGAACUGCAUCAAAAAUGUAAUUUAUAAUGGCAAAAUUUGAUUUUACCAUUAUUUUUUUUUUUUCUCAACUCAGAUUGUUUCUUUGUUUCUAUUACCAUUAUUAUUUUUUUCUGUCUUUUGUUAAUGAGGAAAGUAACAUUAAAAAAAAAUUUUUUCUUUCAAAAGUCAUUUUGAAAAAAAAAAAAAAAUUAAAAAAAAAAACGCCAGAAAAAGUUAAUCAAAAAUUUGUUUUCAAAUUUGAAAAAAGAAAAUAAAAAAAAAAAAAUACUU